UCCAGUUUCCGGAUACAGUGUUGUGUCGCUCUCGUUCCGUGGGCGCUUCCGUUAGAGCCGUUGGGAGCGGCUGCGGGGGCUGGUAACCGCUGGAGUCCGGCACCGCGAGCGGCCGAGGCCGCCUCCUGCGGGAUGCUGCGGGGUCUGGGCAGCUGGUUCGGGCUGGAGCAGGCGGGCGAGGAGCAGAAGCCGCCGCCUGAGGGGAGCAGCAGCCCCGGGGAGCGGAGCGAAGCCGGGGGCGCCGUGGGGGAGGAGGCGGCGGCGGCGGGCGGGGACCCGGCCGUGCGGUGCCAGGAGCAGGUGGAUCCGGAUCCACUUCUCAGCCAGGCCAAAGGACUCGGCAAUUAUCUCUUCAGUUUUGCGACUGCUGCUACAAAAAAGCUAUCUGAAUCGGUUGCUGAAACAGCACAAAAUAUAAAGAAGUCUGUAGAAGAAGGGAAAAUUGAUACCAUCAUUGAUAAGACAAUUAUCGGAGACUUUCAGAAGGAACAAGAGAAAUUUGUUCAAGAAAAGCACACAAAAAAGUCAGAAGCAGCAGUGCCUCCUUGGGUAGACAGCAAUGAAGAAGAAACAAUUCAACAACAAAUCUUGGCCUUAUCAGCAGACAGGCGAAACUUUCUGCGUGACCCUCCAGCAGGUGUUCAGUUUAACUUUGACUUCGACCAGAUGUACCCUGUUGCUAUGGUAAUGCUACAGGAAGAUGAGCUUCUGAAUAGGAUGAGAUUUGAUCUCGUCCCUAAACAUGUAAAGGAGGAGGUGUUUUGGAGAAAUUAUUUCUACCGGGUUUCCCUAAUUAAACAGUCUGCACAGCUCACUGCACUGGCGGCUCAACAGCAAGUGGUAGGAAAGGAGGAGAACAAUGGCAGGAAAGAGGAUAUACAGCUGACAGAAACAGUAAGGCCCAAAACACCACCUGUUGCAAUCAAAUCUCAGCUAAAAUCUCAAGAGGACGAGGAAGAGAUUUCCACUAGUCCAGGUGUAUCAGAAUUUGUUAGUGAUGCUUUUGAUGCAUGUAACCUGAAUCAGGAAGACCUAAGGAAGGAAAUGGAACAAUUGGUGCUUGACAAAAAGGAAAAGGAGACUUCCAUAGUAGAAGAAGAGACUGCUGAUUGGGAGAAGGAAUUACAGCAAGAGCUUCAAGAGUAUGAAGUGGUGACAGAAUCAGAAAAACGUGAUGAUAACUGGGACAAAGAAAUAGAGGAAAUGCUGCAGGAAGAAAAUUAACCAUUUUCCUGAAAUCACUGCAACCCAUAAACAAUUUCUGAAAACUGACAUGAAUAUCUGCUUUCAUACUUGCUUCCAAAAUAUCUUCAAGAGAGACACGAACUUAAAAUCAUUAAAAUUCCAUAUACGGAUACAGCCAGCCCUGCUGUUCUUUGUAUGAACAGUUUAUGAACGUGAUCACUCUUCUUAAAAUAUGCAGGUGAUAUGUAAUAAUCAAAAGUGAUAACAUUGUCAUAUGAAAUUACUGGUAUAUUAAUAUGUUUAGUUUGUACUUUUCUUUAGUGGGCCAAGAAGUGCCACUAGGAUGUACUAGAAUAUUUGUAAAUCUAAGAAAAUCUGAAGUUUUAGUCUACAGUCUUCUAUGGUGAGGUAAAAAUGGGAUGUUGUGACUAACUUUAUUCAUGCAAGUAACUGCACUUCAGUAUGUUUGCUUUUUAAUCUCUGUAUGAUAUUUAUCUGUGUACCAUUUAUUAAGUUGCUUGUAACCAUUCACUUUCCUUUAUACUUUACUUCCUAAGAGCAUGUGGCGCCAAAGAACUUACAGGAAAUCUUAUGAGAAUAACUUCCUGAUACCAGUUUGUUUUUUAAAAACAUGUACUAAUCCAGACUCUAAAAGAAGCACCGAUUUAUACUGAUGGGGUACAAGUCAUUUUUUUCUUAUUAUUUAAUCAUUUAAAUGUUAACUCUUACUUGCCUUGAUCUAACAUGUUGUUUCUUUAAACCAUCGUGUUACAGUAUCUCCUUUCCCAACAGACAGAAAGGGUUUGAUAGUCUUUUGUCUUCAAAGGAUAACUAAAUUUCAUGUCACUGACAGAAUUGCAAACACUUUAAAAGAGAAGAACUUAAUUCUGUUUUCUGGAUGAGAGCAAAUUAAAUACUUGUACAGUA